AUGCUCUCAGAACCUACUGCUGCAGCAUAUUUUAAGCAGCUAUCAAUGGCUGAGAUGCGGUUGACCUCAGUAUCCAGAACUACAAAUACAGUCUUCAAUGCACUAACCAAAUACCCAUUUAUCUCAAUAACGUCAAAACCCAUAAAGCUCUCCUUUUCAACGACUUUCCCUUCAUGGGUAUCUCUCAAAACCCCCAAGUUUUCAACUUUCAAUAUAAUCCCUCUUGUUGCACAGACCUCAGAUUGGGCUAAGCAAGAAGAGGACACAGUGAAUCUUGGAGAGGAGAGUUUUGGAGAUGGAAGUGAAGAGACUUUACCAGAACCACCUGAAGAGGCUAAGCUUUAUGUGGGGAAUUUGCCUUAUGAUGUUGAUAGUGAGGAUCUGGCACAGCUAUUUAAUCAGGCUGGGACUGUUGAGGUUGCUGAGGUAAUUUAUAACAGGGAGACGGAUCAAAGUAGAGGGUUUGGUUUUGUUACAAUGAGUACAGUUGAUGAAGCCGAGCAGGCUGUGGAGAAGUUCCACCGUUAUGAUUUGAAUGGAAGAUCUUUAACAGUAAAUAAGGCUGCUCCUAGAGGGUCACGGCCAGAAAAGUCGCGUGUGGAGGAAUCUGCAUAUAGAAUCUAUGUUGGUAACCUGCCUUGGCAAGUUGAUGAUGCUCGUCUGGAGCAAGUUUUCAGUGAACAUGGAAAGGUUGUGAAUGCCAGAGUAGUUUGUGACCGAGACACUGGUCGUUCUCGUGGUUUUGGCUUUGUUACAAUGUCUAGUGAGACAGAGUUGCAUGAUGCCAUUGCUGCUCUUGAUGGACAGAGUUUGGACGGCAGGGCGAUUGCUGUAAAUGUAGCCCAAGAACGUGCUAGGCGUGGCUCCUUCUAG